AUGCCACGCAAAGAGACCAGCAAAAGUGUCAUCAUACUCAACAGAGAUCGAGAAUGGACCGUCAGCCAGCCUACCGCUCCGUCGGACCGCGACCACCCCGAGUCGCCACCACCACUGACGCCCAUCCAACGGCGACCUCACCCAGCGAUGGACGCCCAGAUCGCACCACCGCCGCCGGCAGCCACUGGUCAGCGAUCCCGCCCGGCUGCAAAGCCGACCAGUGCUGGGUCACCACCGCCGUUGGCCCCAAUCCGUCAGCAAAUCAACAUCGGCGAUGACGGGACACCGCUGCUAGCCGCAGUGGAUCUGCCGAUCCAGCCAGCUACGACGAUCAGCACGGAACCACCCGCUGUCGUCCUGCUGGAGCCAACGCCGCUGGUGGAAGCCGCCACGGGGUCCCCAUCCUCGCCGAGGAUCAGCCCGACCUGGUGCGAGGGAUUAUCCUUAGAGGAUAUGAUGGCCGCGAUCCUGGCCGAAGACGAGGCCCCGACACCGUUCUGCCUGGGCGACUUCCAGGCAGAGGCGACGCUGCCCGGACGGGGCAGAAACCCAAGUCCGCCUGCCACCGGGGCUCCCGAUGAGUCGAUGGCCGCGCUAAGAAUCGGCGACCUGGCCGUCCCUCUCGCCAACAACGGGCUCAUGGUCAUCACUUUGGCCUCCGACGUCCCGGCCGCCGUUGGCCCCCAUCACCUUGGCCUCCGACGUCCCGGCCGCCUCGCCGACUGUCGAGCCGAUGGCCGCCGGAAUACGCCCGUAGCCGUUCCCGGAACCCUGGGAGCGGUCUACGAAGACAUCUCCGAGGAGGAGAUCAUGGAGCUAAGCUCCGGGGAAGAUGAGGAGCCGGACCCAGCGCAGGACGCCAUCAUCAUCUCCGACGAGGAGGACAACGCCGGGGAGACCACGGUCAACCCACGGGACAAUCCCAACGGGAACAUUGCCCGCCCCAUGGGCGCAUCACCGGCCGCGGCAGCAGCCACCGGGACCACCAACGCGACGCCCCUUGGGGACGCGAGAGUCACCGGAAUCGCUGCCGGUGGACCGCCUGCCGUCACCCUGGACACCACCCUUACCAGGGCUGGGGGCAGCAGCCACGGCAACCACAUCAUCAGGGUCACGACUGGCCAGGGCAACUACACGGCCCCCACCACUCGCCCUGACCCCGCCAUCAACGCCGACGCCGGUACCGCCGUCAACACCCCGGGUACCGUACCACCGUACCAAGGACACCCCCCUCGCUCGGGGCAACCUGACGCCCGUGCCUGGCACUCUUGGCGGAGCUACUGGCCUCUCCAGAGGGGCCCACAACGUCCGCUGCCGCCGGCCGAUGAGCCAGCCGAGCCGCCGAGAGGCUGCUGCAGGCAGCCCCAACCCGCGUACCUCCGCCGAGGGGACGCUGAUAGAGUCACCGCUGGCUACACCGUGGCCACCUCCCGGCCGAUCCAGCGGGUACGGCCACUGCCCGCCACGGACGAGUACCGCUGGCGUUUUCGCCGCGCCCCUGCAGACCGCGACCCGGACGCGCCCACCGACGACCGCCCCGGCAUCCUGCGCAAUGCAGGCCGUCAACGCCGCGCCCCUUGGCCCAAGGAAGAGCCAAGCUCGGAGGAGGAGGCAUCGACGGACUCCCGAACCCGAGCCCGAGCCGGAGAACUGGGUGCGCGCUCCAGCAGGCUGGACAACGCAGGACGGAUGGCUCCCCGCCGAGCUCAUCGCGCAGAGGUGGGCGACAUGACAUACCGCGUCCAGAUUUCACGCGGCGGAGACCGCAUCACCAUCCUUCCCCAUCCCCGAGGUAGGGAUGGACUGUGA